UCCCAGAAUUCGCGCCAUUCCCGUGAAUGACAUGUUCCCUGUCCCGAACUGUGCCGUAAUUCGCAAAAAGAAUUGUCCAGGCUUUAACCGUGUGAGAACUGGAAGGCGAUUAAGUUGACCAAUAGAGAGGCUGCUUUUAUAUCCGAACGUUUCUAUGUUCAAAGUUACCUAUGCCAAGAACAAAAAAUCGGGUAAUACUAAAGUUGAAUGAAUUUUUUCCGAAUCCCCCUCCGUCAACAAAAGGAAACAGAAGUGUGGUUAUAAAUUUAAUCAUUUUGACAAUUGUUUGUCAUAAACUGUCACGAAGUUUAUCACUGACCUGAAGAGACGCUUCUGCGCCAAAGAUGACUGAUUAAUGUACACAGAGACGUCAAGGUUUACUUUAAGGCAAGUAUCAUGGGACAGAAGUUAUUUCUGCUGCCAUUCUAGUCAAAUUGUGUUUAACUGGGCUGUACAUGUCAUAAGAGAAGCUGUUUCAUUUCAUCGUAGGCAAAUAAUACAUUUAUUACUAUUCUACAUAGAGUAGCUACCGAAGAGCAGGUAUAGAAGUCAUUUUCUUAGAGCCCCGUGAAUAAUCGUCGGCACCCAGACCAACAUGUGUUUCACCGAUUGUUACAUCGAGCAAGAGAAGAUGGAUCUUUUCAACCUAGUCGGAAAGGCCGUGCUGGGGCUCCACGGAAUGUACGUGUAGGUGCUGAAGAGCAAGUGUUAGAAAACAUGGAAGCGGAUCCUAGGAGAAGUGUCCUCUACGUAGCGCAAAUGAGUGGAUGCUCAAGAUCGACCACUCAUCGUAUCCUUCAAGAGAGAAGACUGCAUCCUUACCAUUACACGAGAGUGCAGCAUCUGCGACCAACCGACUACCCGCGACGAGUACAUUUUACUCAAUGGUUACUGCGACAAAAUGAACUAAAUCCUGAUUUUACACGGCGCAUUCUUUUCACCGACGAAUGUUCAUUUUCUCGAGAAGGAAUGUUUAAUGCACACAAUUGCCAUUUCUGGGCACACGAAAAUCCACAUCUCACUAGGGUGAGAGCAUAUCAGGAGCGAUUUACUAUUAAUCUAUGGGCUGGAAUCAUUGAUACUACUGUGGUGGGGCCGUUUGUGUUACCUGAUCGCCUUAAUGGGGAUGCAUAUGCUAAUUUUCUACGACUAGAGCUUCCGGCAUUGUUGGAAGACGUUCCUUUGAAUAUACGGCGGAAUAUGUGGUUUCAGCACGACGGCGCUCCUCCACAUAAUUCGAUACUUGUACGACGAACAUUGAAAAGAGUAUCGUCAUAGGUGGAUUGGGCGUGGCAAUACUAACAUCUGGCCUCCUAGAUCUCCAGACCUUUCUGCUUUGGACUUUUUUUUUGGAAUCAAAUUAAAAAUUACGUAUAUAGAGAACCCCUAGAUAUGUUAGAAGAACUGAAAGAGAGACUGCACGAAGCCUACGCUACAGUUACUCCUGAGAUGUUAAAUAAUACACAACACAACAUAAUUCGACGAGCUAGAACUUGCAUUGAAGUUAAUGGUGGUCAUUUUGAGCACAUUGUUUAAUAACGUUACAGUACAACGAUUCCAGCCCAUAGAUUAAUAGUAUUGCUCUUGAUAUGCUCUCACGUUAGCGAAAUGUGGAUUUUCGUUUGCCCAGAAGUACCAAUUGUGCGCAUUGAAUAUUCCUUUUCGGGAAAAUCAACAUUCGUCGGCGAAAAGAAUGUGCCGUGAAAAAUCAGGAUUUAGUUCAUUUUGUCGCAGUAACCA